CCGCAGCAGGCAGGCGAGGCCCGGUGGCGCGUCAUGGCGGACGACGGCGGGGAGGAGAAGAAGCAGGUGGCCAAGUUCGAGCUGGAGCGGGAGACGGAGCUGCGCUUCGAGGUGGAGGCCUCGCAGAUGGUACAGCUGGAGCUGCUCACUGGCAUGGCCGAGGUCUUUGGCACCGAGCUCACCCGCAACAAGAAGUUCACCUUUGACGCCGGCGCUAAGGUGGCCGUCUUCACCUGGCACGGCUGCACCGUCCAGCUCAGCGGCCGCACCGAGGUGGCCUACGUCUCCAAGGACACCCCCAUGCUGCUCUACCUCAACACCCACACAGCCCUGGAGCAGAUGCGGCGGCAGGCGGAGCGGGAGGAUGAGAGGGGGCCCCGCGUCAUGGUGGUGGGACCCACUGACGUGGGUAAGUCGACCGUGUGCCGCUUGCUGCUGAACUACGCCGUGCGCCUGGGGCGCCGGCCCACCUUCGUGGAGCUGGAUGUGGGCCAGGGCUCCGUCUCCAUCCCCGGCACCAUGGGUGCUCUCUACAUUGAGCGGCCGGCCGAUGUGGAGGAGGGCUUCUCCCUCCAGGCCCCGCUCGUCUACCACUUCGGCUCCACCACGCCCGGCACCAACAUCAAGCUCUACAACAAGAUCACAUCCCGCCUGGCCGACGUCUUCAACCAGCGCUGCGAAGUGAACCGCCGCGCCUCGGUGAGUGGCUGUGUCAUCAACACCUGUGGCUGGGUGAAGGGCUCAGGUUACCAGGCGCUGGUGCACGCCGCCUCCGCCUUCGAGGUGGAUGUGGUGGUGGUGCUGGACCAGGAGCGGCUGUACAACGAGUUGAAGAGGGACCUGCCCCACUUUGUGCGCACCGUCCUGCUCCCCAAGUCCGGCGGGGUGGUGGAGCGCUCCAAGGACUUCCGGCGGGAGUGCCGAGACGACCGCAUCCGCGAGUAUUUCUACGGCUUCCGGGGCUGCUUCUACCCUCACGCCUUCGACGUCAAGUUCUCCGACGUCAAGAUCUACAAGGUGGGGGCUCCCACCAUCCCGGACUCCUGCCUGCCCCUGGGCAUGUCGCAGGAGGACAACCAGCUGAAGCUGGUGCCGGUGACACCGGGGCGGGACAUGGUGCACCACCUGCUGAGCGUCAGCACUGCCGACAGCCCUGACGACAACAUCUCCGAGACCAGCGUGGCCGGCUUCAUCGUCGUCACUGGCAUCGACCUGGAGCGCCAGGUCUUCACCGUCCUCUCUCCCGCCCCUCGGCCCCUGCCCAAGAACUUCCUCCUCAUCAUGGACAUCCGCUUCAUGGACCUCAAAUAGAGGAGGAGCUGGAGCCAGGCAUCCUCGGCAGCAGCGGCGGGCAGCUGCCCGCGCCCC